AGCAAACCAUCUUCCUCUUCCUCUAGAAGGGGAUAAUUAAUAAAUUACUGUCGGGCGAAAAAAAAGGGUAAGAGAUGGCUCGAUUAAUGUUAAUAUCGAUGCUAUUUCUCUUGGCAGGAUCAAUGCUUAUGGUCCAGGGCGGAGAUCCCACCCUUUUUUUCGAAUGGAACGUCACCUAUGGCACCAUUGCUCCCUUGGGAGUGCCAGUAAAGGGUAUUCUUAUUAACGGGCAAUUCCCGGGACCAAAUCUUAACUCUACCACCAACAACAAUAUCGUGGUCAAUGUGUUCAAUAACCUUGAUGAGCCAUUCCUUGUAACAUGGGACGGCGUGCAGCAUAGGAAGAACUCUUGGCAAGAUGGUGUUCUGGGAACCAACUGUCCUAUCCCCCCUGGGAAGAAUUACACCUAUAAAUUCCAGGUGAAGGAUCAGAUUGGCAGCUACAUGUACUAUCCGGUGACGGCAAUGCACAAGGCGGUUGGUGGUUUCGGUGGCCUCCGUGUUAACAGCCGUCUACUCAUCCCUGUUCCCUACGCUGAUCCGGCUGAUGACUAUACUCUCUUAGUGGGAGACUUUUUCAACAAGGGACACACCAGCCUCAAGAAGAUUCUUGAUAGCGGUCGCAACCUUGGGAGAUGUGACGGUGUCCACCUUAAUGGGAAAGUUGCGAAAGGUGAUGGGAAGGAUGAACCUCUGUUUACGAUGGAGGCAGGCAAAACGUACAAGUACAGGAUUUGCAAUACGGGUAUCAAGACAUCUCUGAACGUCAGGUUCCAGGGCCACACCAUGAAAUUGGUUGAGAUGGAGGGUUCCCACACAAUGCAGAAUGACUAUGACUCCCUUGAUGUGCAUGUUGGACAGUGCUUCAGUGUGCUUGUUACUGCCAACCAGGAACCAAGGGAUUACUAUGUGGUGGCCUCUACCCGUUUUACCAGACGUGAGGUUACAGCAACCGGCAUCAUCCGUUACAAGAAUGGCAAGGGAGCUGCCUCAUCCGAGUUGCCACCGCCACCUGUUGGUUGGGCUUGGUCACUCAAUCAAUUCCGUACCUUCCGUUGGAACUUGACUUCUAACGCUGCUAGGCCUAACCCUCAGGGCUCCUACAAAUAUGGUUCCAUUAACAUUACCCGCACCAUCAAGCUUGCCAACACUGCACAAAGAGUAGAUGGCAAGCUCCGAUAUGCUCUUAAUGGAGUCUCCUAUGUCGAACCAACCACUCCACUAAAACUUGCAGAAUACUACGGCGUAGCCGACAAGGUUUUCAAGUAUGAUACCAUUCCCGAUGAGCCACCAAGUGACAACACUAGGGUAACUUUGGCACCUAUUGUCCUCAACAUGACACACAGAAACUUUGUGGAAAUCAUCUUCGAGAAUCACGAGACCGCCAUUCAGUCUUACCACUUGUCUGGCUACUCAUUCUUUGCCGUGGGCAUGGACAUUGGGAAAUGGAGCCCUGAGAAGAGGAUGAACUACAAUCUUCUCGACGCCGUGAGCAGACACACCAUACAGGUAUUCCCCAACUCCUGGUCAGCAAUCCUAUUGACAUUCGACAACUGCGGGAUGUGGAACCUGAGGUCGGAGAUAUGGGACAGGCAUUACCUUGGGCAACAGCUUUAUGCUAGUGUUAUUUCCCCUAACCGAUCCCUCAAGGAUGAGUACAACUUGCCGGAAGGUGUAUUGACUUGCGGCAUCGUGCAAGGCAUGCCAAGGCCUCCACCUUUCAGCAGUUAAUUUAAAUAAGCUUAUAAAUCUGUAUCCAAUUCUGGCGUAUGGGGAGAGAGAGGGUGAGAAAAGCUUGAGUUCCAAAUGUAUUUAAUGAAAUAAAAGGUGUAUUUCUGCAUGCCUGCAAGUUGGUUAAAACUGAACAUGGAUGUAAAAUUUGCUUUAUAAUCGCAUGAAAGAUGGUUUAGAUUUAAA